GGCUUGCGUCCCCCGUCCUCCCCAGGCCCCCGACGCCAUGACUUUUUAACAGCGUGGAUUCCUGGACGCCCGAACACCUCGAACGACGAACCUCUCGUCUGACUCGCACUUGGCGCCAGUGGGGCUGCGCCCGCCCCUGCCCUCAUAGGGGGUUGGACCGGGCUGGUGGCCUCGACGAGGGCCCCCGAGGGCCCGCGCACGCCCGGAGGGGGGCAGCUGUUUGCUGCCCUCCUCUCUCGGGCGCCCCGGUGGCCAUGGACAGCCCGCUGGGCCGGACCCUCGGCGAGUACCCUCGGUGGACGGGCGACUUCACCCUCCCGCGACUGCGCGCCAAGCUCGCCAACAAGGAGCCGUCGGGGUCGGAGAGGGGCUGCAGCGGGAGCGGCGGCCCUGUGCGUGCGUCUUUUGCAGCUGCUCGAAAGUGCUUGGCGACGAGCUUGUGGAAGGUGGGCGUGCGCGUAGAGUCGAGCCCA